AUGUCUAUAACUGAAGAACAAAAAAAUAUUGUAAGAUCAACAGCACCAGUCUUGAAAGAAAAUGGCAAAGAAAUAACUUCAAUUUUUUAUAAACAUAUGUUUGCAGCUCAUCCAGAAUUAUUAAAUUUAUUCAAUCAAACUAAUCAAAAGGUUGGCACACAACCAUUAGCAUUAGCUAAUACAGUUUAUUUUGCUGCUGAAAAUAUUGAUCAUUUGGAUGUACUUACACCACAAGUUAAACUUAUUGCUCAUAAACAUCAACAACAAUUAUAUGAUGAACUUGGUCCAGAUGAACGUGAUAAAGGUUUUGUUCCAUUGACAAUUAUCAAAAAAGAAACUAUUGCAAGUGGACCUAUUGUUGCUCUUACAUUAGAACGUCCUGAUGGUGGAAAAAUGCAUAAUUAUCAUGCCGGACAAUAUAUUACACUUCGUAUUAAAAAAGAUGGUUCGUUUCAUAAUCGACAUUAUAGUCUUCUUGAACCAUUCAAUGGUAAAACUUAUCGUGUUGCUAUUAAAGAUGAAAUUGAUCAUGAACCAAAAGGUGAUACAAUUUUAACAAGUUUUCCAGCGGGUACAUUUACAUUAAUUGAAGAUGGUAAACAUCAUUUAUUAAUUGCUGGUGGAAUUGGCAUAACUCCUCUUUCAUCAUUGAUUUUAGAAUUACAUAAACAAAAUAAAAUAAAAUCUGCAACAUUAAUUCAUUGUGUACCAACAAAAGAACAUGCAGCUUUUACUGAUGAAUUGAAACCGAUUCUUUCGGAAAAUCAAUAUUAUUUAUUUUGUCAAGGUGAAAAAUUAGGAAAAGAUGAUAUAAAAAAGUUUUUAACACCGGAUACACACGUGUAUAUAUGUGGUUCAAUACCAUUUAUGAAUCAACUUGAAGAUUAUUUAACUGAAUGUAAUCAUCAUCCACCAUCUCAAAUUCAUAUCGAAGUAUUUCAACCAUCACUUAGUGUAUUAAGAAAUGCUGUUAAAGACAAAGCAACAACAAAAACAUUAUAA